AACAAAUUGAAUGCAAACUUCCGUAAAGAAGAAGAAGAAGAAGAAGUUGCUUGGUAUCUCGCUCUUCACAAGUUUUAGCUGUGAUCAAUUUGAAAAAAUAAUAUAUAUUUAUAACACUUUUGGCGGCCGACACUGUUUUACUACUUGACUUUUGCACAAUUUUUGUGUUUUUGGGUCGGGCUGAGCCUCUUUAUUCAACGUCUUUGUGAUCUCGUUGGCACAACACGAUGAUCACAAGGAGAAGAAGCCGUGCCAUGGAGAUGCCGUCGGUAGACAUGGAGGAGGUGGAUGUAAUGGAAAAUGUUCACGAUCUCCCCAGCCCUUCUGAUGCGCUUGCUGCUGAUGACACCGAUCCUUCAGGAAUCGAGCUAGACGACCUGUUUGAAGAUUUAAAAUGGACUCUAGAAAAAGAUUCUUCCUCUCUGCUCUUUGGCGUCGAUCUUGCCAGUCUAGAAGCACACAGCGACAUAAACCAAAACUCGGGGUUUGACGCUUCAUCCCGCUCAUCUCCAGACAGAACGUCUUCUGGCUCCAGGAUGAAAAACCGACAAAGCCAGUCAAACCACAUCAUCAACAAAAACGCCAUCGCUGCCAGAUUGAACCGUCUCAAGAAGAAGGAGCACGUCAACACCCUGGAGAAGCAGGUUGGCGUUCUGUCAACGGAGAACGCCGUGCUCAAACAAGAGAACUGUCAGUUAACUAAACGGGUGGAAGAAUUGGAGGAUGAAACCAGGUAUCUGAGAGCUGUGCUGGCCAAUGAGAGCAUGUUAGCCCAGCUCUUGUCCAGACUGAGCGGUGUGAAUGGGAUGAAAUUAUCUUCCUCGCUUUUCCAGGGGCCUCGCUCUAACGAGCACGAUUAUGCGUUGCCCAGGAAGCGGGUGAAGGUGGAGGAGAAGGAGACGUCGGGCGGCGUGUGCCUGCAUGUAGACAAGAACCACGUGUCAGUGGAAUUCUGCCCAAAGUGUGCAGAGAGCGCGAGCACGUCGCUCAAAAUGUAGGGUCAAGUACUUCUGUUUUCUCAUAUUGAGACUAAAACCGUAUGCGACUCUGUACUGAACCUUGUCAGGAUGGAUGAACACCGAGUUAAUUAGAGCUGCCUAAGAGCCGCAGAAUGUGCAUGUGAUUUAUGUUUUUUGUGUUCUGGUGGGAUAAGUACACGUUACUGCUAAACCUUGUUGACAGUUUCUUCUAGGUAAUGGUUGCUCCGCCAUGGGGGAUGAGUGGCUUUCUGAACUCCCUUUUCCUGCUUGACGCCCUGUUCUGCUGAUGGGAGGUGACGAAGCUGGACACGCAGCUGCAACGUGGGCUGGUAUUUUUUUAAAGGUAGUAUCGGUAACAAAUGGUAUAUGUAAUUUAAUUUUUACCCACAUUCUGCAUCACCUGUAGCUGUUGGUUGUAUCAGCAAAGCUCCUACAGCAGCCGGAGCAAUUUGUAUAUUGUUUGUAUAUUGAAAUGUACAUUUAAAAAAAAGAAGAAACUGAUCACAGUUAAUUUUUUAAAUCACAUCUAAUAAACUGUAAAUGUUUAAUUUUGAAUAUAUUUUCUUUUGAAGUAAAUGCUCUGAGAAAUGUUGGACAAAUAAAUCCCAUUCUCUGUGUGUAAAAUACUAAA